CUGAUCCUUCUCGCCGACCGAACCGUGGGUUCGAACGCUUUUUUUGGUUGCUCGAAUGGAGACGACGGUGAAGAACAAAGACCGCUCGAGGGUUUCCUCUUCUUCCUUUUCCUUUUGUGUGCCUGGUUUUGCCUCACUCGCCAUUAUGAAACACUAGCCUUUCGAUGCUUUUCCGACGGAAGAUUCGAUCUCUCCGCCGAAUUCCUUGUCCGUGUUUCGCUGGUAAACACCCGCUCUCGUCUGUGGCGGCUGCGGACGCGGCGGAGGAGCUCGUCUCGGAUUCUGGGGUUUGGGACACUAAGAGUUGCUCGAGAGAAAUCCUAGCCCUGUCGAAUCUAGAGCUCGGGCUCUAUCUUUCUUGUCGCUCUAAUAGCAACGUUGUGGCUGAAAAAGGAGUUUUGAAGCAGAAGGAAAUGGUCUCGUGCCCUCGGUGGUCUGAGCAGGACCCGAGGCUGGCGAGAUUGGAGGUUUGCCAUGCUUUGGCCAAAGAGGGGAGGUUGAGGCAGAUGAGGAAGAUACUGCGGCAGAUGCUGGGUGAUGAAGGGACAUCAUCAUCGUUACUCUGUGAGCUUCUGUGUACUAAUUUCAAGGACUGGGAUUCCAACAGCAUUGUUUGGGACAUGCUAGCGAACGUGUAUGCUAGAUUGGAAAUGAUCCAUGAUGCGCUUUUUGUUCUAAGCAAGAUGGCUGCCCUUGACAUGCAAGCUUCAAUAUCUACUUAUGACCGUUUGUUGUUCAACUUAAGGCAUACAGAGAUCGCUUGGGAUCUUUAUGAAGAAAUCAAAUCCAGUGGGGUUUCUUAUAGUGAAUACACAUUUAAGAUCCUCAUUGAUGGUCUCUGCAAGCAAGGAAGAUUACAACAUGCGAUUUCCUUCUUCCAAACGGAAAGAGGAAAUAAAGAAUUUAACCGUUGCAUAGUUACCUUCAAUUCCCUCAUGGCUGGAGUAUGUAAUGCAGGGUUUGUAGAGAUUGCAAGGUCACUCCUUUCUCUUUCUUUCAAGUAUGGGUUUCUACCCAACAAACACAGUUACACUACUCUCAUUCAUGGGUUAUGUCUAGCAGGCUAUGUGGAUGAAGCCUUGGAACUCUCUGAGUACAUGCAGACGGAUGGAAUAGAGCUUGAUGUGGUUAUUUAUAAUAUUCUGAUAAAUGGGUAUCGCCUACUUGGCUUGAUGAGCGAGAUUUGGAAGCUCAUAAGGAUGAUGAUUCAACAUGGGCUGCAACCAGAUUUAGUUACAUAUACUAUACUGAUAACCGGGCUUUGUGAAGGAGGUAAUGUUGAUGAAGGAUUGAAGAUGAGGAAAGAGAUGCUUUCUAGGGGGUUCAAGCUGAAUAUUGUCACUUACAGUGUUCUCGUCAAUGCCCUUUGCAGAAAAGGACACAUCAAUGAAGUCGAAGGAUUGCUUGGAGAGAUGAAGGAAAUUGGCCUAGAUAUGGAUCUAGUAGCAUAUUCCAUCCUCAUAAAUGGGUAUUGUAAGUUAGGAGAAAUCGAGAAGGCACUUCAAGUAUGCCAAAUUAUGUGCUCCAAGAGAAUAAUGGCUAAUUCAUUUGUUCAUGGGGGAAUUCUUUCUAGUUUGUGCAAGAAUGGAUCGGUGCCCGAAGCAAAUUGGUAUUUGGAGAACCUAGCUGCUACUGGUCAAACGUUGAACAUUAUUUUGUACAAUAUAGUGAUUGAUGGCUAUGCUAAAAUAGGUGAUGUUGAAGGAGCUGUCACAUUAUAUGAACAGAUAAUCAGGUCAAACAUAACACCUAGUGUUGUGACUUAUAAUUCCUUGAUUUAUGGCUUUUGUAAAAUUGGAGAAUUAAAUAUAGCGAAGAGUUUCUUGAGGAAAAUUGAGCUUCAUGAAUUAGUUCCCACAGUGGUAACCUACACCAUUCUUAUUAAUGGAUUUUGUGGAGCUGGGGAUACUGAUUCAAUUCUAGAACUCCUCGAUGAAAUGAUUGGGAAAUCAAUCAUGCCGAACAGAAUAACUUAUAGUGUAAUUAUAAAGGCUCUUUGUAAGCAAGGCAGAGUACAAGAGGCUAUUGACAUUCUGAAAAAUAUGGAGAUAAUGGGUAUAGGUGCUGAUGAGAUUACCUAUAAUACGCUUAUUCAGGGAUUUCAUGAACUGAGAAAUGUGAACAUGGCUUUCUAUCUACAUGAUAAAAUGUUGCAACAUUCUCUCAUGCCUACUCCUAUUACUUACAAUCUUCUCAUUAAUGCCCUUUGUUUGAAUGGUGAAGUUGAUAGAGCAGAAAGGUUUCUACUCUCUCUUUUCGAAAGAGGUGUUAGGCUGAGGAAAUUUGCUUACACAACAAUUAUAAAAGCACAAUGUGCAAAGGCAAUGCCAGAUAGAGCCAUUAUACUUUUUGAUAAAAUGUUAGAAUCUGGUUAUGAGGUUUCAAUCAAAGAUUUUAGUGCAAUAAUCAAUCGAUUAUGCAAAAGGCAUUUUGUAAACGAAGCAAAAAUAUUCUUUAAAUUGAUGUUAUAUAUUGGCAUACUUCCUGACCAGGAGCUUUGUCUUGUGAUUUGUAGUGCCAUUCACAAACAAAAUGAUCAUAAGUCAUUGGCUGCUUUCCAAGCUAUGGUUGUCAAAAGCUGUCUUAUUGCCCUGGGUAUCUAUGAAUGAGUUACCUCUGUGAUAAAGCAUACAUGUCACAUGAAAAUCGUCUUCUUAUCUCCUCAAACCACUUAUGGAUUCCAAUAGUUGGAAGCUGCUAAUUCCUUGGAGUCACACUUGUUGAAGUUCAGAAGGUGCUAUGCAAUGAGGGCUUUAUUUGGGUGCAUAGAUGUGAAAUCCAUGAAUAACUUCUGGAGGAUUUGGACGGGUGAAGAAAUACCCAUCAUGCAUGGGAAAUCUCAACCAUAAUGGAUUCGUCGCCUUCUCUGGCUCAGGUGCCAGUUUUCGUGUACGAGCAGCACGGCUAGAUGAUUUCUGGGACUUGUAGUAGGUUGUCUUCGCUGAUUUCUUGUUUACAUGUCUUUAAUCUUUCAGGGAAGACAAAGCCAACUUGCUGUUUGAAUUGAAGGGGACAUGAUGUUGAACCUGACCUGCAUUGUCAAGCUGAUGUAAACCAAAUUGGAGUCAUGGCCUAGUUGACCUACAAGACAAUCAGAAUGUGUGCCGGAAUUAAUAUAGGUGGGGAGUCCUGAUGCUUCAAUGCCGAAUGAAGAAACUGAGUCCUGAUUGGAGUGAGUAGCAAAAUUAUACCUUGCAUCAAAGUGCCGUAUUUAUUUAUUCUGGAUGGUCAAAGUGCUAGCUGCUUGAGAACAUGUUUUGGCGUCAACGAGAAUCCUAUGGUUGUCUCCUUCAAUAUCGUCUGCUUAAAAGUGCUCUUCCACAAUCUUCCGCAACGGUUUGGCCUCGAUACCCCUGCAUGGAUGAUUUUUUCUCAGCAAUCCAUUGAUUCAAUUAUUGCUGGCCUCUAAGCCUCUAUUCUCUUAUAAUUUAAAUGGUGAAAUCUCAAACUAGUCCAUGGAAGCAAAGGAAUUUGUUAGUGAGACUCCUUUCUUCCUGGUCUGUUCAUUAUGGUACAAUAAACUUCAUCUAGUGUUCUGGAUGAUUUCAUUCUGGGGAAUAAGAUCAUUCCUUUUUAUUUUA